CCCCUGUUCCAUCCUCCAGCUCUUCUCUGUCUCCAGCUGCUCCCGGUGAGCCUGCCGUCUGAGAACCUGCCUUCCCGUGGUUCAGCCUGAUGCCUCUACUCAGCCUGAUGCCUCCACUCAGCCUGAUGCCUCCACUCAGCCUGAUGCCUCUACCCAGCAUGAUGAACUGAUCCAGCCUGAUGAUCCUAUUAGGCCAGUUGACUCGAUGCCCGCUGUUGAUCCAGAUGAUCCGGUACCUGAUCCGGUGCCAAUUGACUCAGAGCCCACUGUCGUACCUGGUGACUCGGUGCCCACUGCCUUGCCAGAUGACCCGAUGCCCGCUGUCGAGCCAGACAAUCCGGUACCUGAUGACCCGGUGCCCGCUGUCGUGCCAAUUGACUCAGAGCCCACUGUCGUGCCUGGUGACUUGGUGCCCACUGUCUUGCCAGAUGACGUGGUGCCCGCUGUUGAGCCAAGUGACCUGAUGCCUGGUGACCCGAUGCCCGCUGUCCAGCCAGACGAUCCAAUGUCUGACCCAGUGGCCGCCGCU